AUGUCGGAAACAGAUCUCUCCUCCCCUUCGACAUCUCCCUCUGCUACUGUUGGUCAGACUUCUGCGCCUAAAGUAGUUUGGGGGACUACAAUAAAAUUGAAUGGUAAAAACUAUCUGCUAUGGUCUCAGGCUUUCCGCAUCUUCAUUGGCGCUCAGAGCAAACUUCCACAUCUUCUGGCCUCUCCUCCACCCACCACAGAUCCCACCUACAGUUCCUGGCUCUCGUCUGAUUAUUGUGUUAUGACGUGGCUCCUCAACAGCACGGAACCACAAAUUAGUAGCAGUGUUAUGUUCUUAACCACUGCGAAGGAGAUGUGGGAUAGCCUGAAGAUUAUGUACGGAAAUGAGAAGAAUGCUUCCCGUGUAUUUGAGAUUUAUGAGCGACAGUUUACGCUCAAACAGGGAGAUAGGUCAGUUCCAGAGUUCUUUGGUGAGUUAAAGGGACUGAUAGAUGAACUGGAGAUGCAUCAGCCUGCAGUAGCUGAUGCGACGACGCUGUUGGGAUAUCGUCGUGACUUGGCAGUGUCUAAGUUUCUUUCUGGAUUGCACCCUACCUUACAAUCCCAGGUGCGAGGACAGAUAUUGGAUGGAGAUACCAUCCCCUCACUGACUGCUACAUUCUCCAGAGUUAUGCAGGUCUCUACUGGUGUUUCUUCUGAUACUUCUGCACCGUCUCCACCUUCGUUGGAUCAGUCUGCCAUGUUCUCUAGUAGAGGCAGAGGCCGUGGUCGUGGUCAUGGUCGUGGUCGUGAUUCUGUGGGAGGACGUGGUUCCUUUAGUGGGAGACAUGGUAAUUCUGAUAGGGUUCACGUCAGUGUGGUCACUGUGGCAGGACCAAUCAUAUUUCUGAGAAGUGCUGGGAGAAGUGCUGGGAGAAGUGCUGGAAGAAGUUUGGUCGUCCUCAAUGGGCCCAAUAAUCCAGUUGCUACUAUUCCUACUGUUCAGAUCUCUCAGGCAGAUUAUGAGAGGUUACGCCAUCUAGAGCUCUCUCAGAACAGUCAUUCGGCUACUCAUGCAUCCUCUUCAGGUAUGGAUGCUUACAUAGCUUCUCCUCAUGAACCAUGGGUACUAGAUUCUGGAGCCUCAUCCCAUAUGACAGGUAUAAAUGAUCGUUUUGUUUCUUUACAUCUUUCUAAUAAGUUUCCCUCUAUUCGCAUCGCUGAUGGUACACUUUCUCCAGCUCUUGGUGCUGGAGUAGUUCAUACUACUUCCUCUUUGAAACUCAAUGAUGUGUUAUAUGCUCCUAAAUUCCCUGACCUAGCAACUGGGAUGACGAUUAGUUCGGGGCAUAAGAGAGGAGAUUGUGAGUCAUGUGAACUGGGUAAGCAUCAUCGUGCUUCUUUUCAGAGUCGUGUCGAUAAACGCAGUAGUUUUACCUUUGAGUUAGUUCAUUCUGAUGUUUGGGGUCCUUGUCGUGUUCCAUCUGUGAAGGGUUUUCAAUAUUUUAUUGUUUUUGUUGAUGAUUUCUCUCGCAUGACUUGGCUAUAUUUGUUGAAAGAGAUGUAUGAAGUCUCGCAUGUUAUUGAACUUUAUUAUAAUGAAAUAAAAACCCAGUUCUCUACUUUUGUUCAUAUUCUUCGUACUGAUAAUGCUUUGGAAUAUAUGAAAAAUGACGUUUCAAAAUUUUGUGCUCUUAAUGGUAUUAUUCAUCAAACUUCAUGCUCUCACUCUUCACAACAAAAUGGAGUUGCUGAGAGGAAGCAUAAACAUAUUCUCGAUGUUGCUAGAACACUGAUGAUACAUAUGAAUAUUCCAAAGUACUUGUAG